UCGCAUUGAGCAUUUCCUCAACUCAAUUGCUCUUCAUUAUUGCACUAAACAUCAUUCCAUAGUUGACGCCUAAUAGAAACACACUUCCGCAAAAUAGUCGUGAUUUGCACAGAAUUGUGUUGAAUCAUGUCUGCUAUAUUUAACAUCAAAGAACAUCAGCACACUCGUUUCAACCCAUUGACCGGGCAAUGGGUGCUGGUAUGUCCUCACCGAAUGUUGAGACCUUGGUCAGGUCAGGAAGAGUCACCGGAACUCUUUAGCGCAUCUGAUUUUGACCCAAAAAAUCCCCUUUGUCCGGGAGGUAUUCGUGCAAAUGGAAUGAAAAACCCCAACUACACUUCCACUUUUGUCUUUACCAAUGAUUUUCCGGCUCUCUUGGAGGAUGUUCCCGCACCGCCAGUCAAUCAGGACCCCCUCUUUCAGACGGCACCAGCAAGAGGCACUUGUCGUGUGAUUUGCUUUCAUCCAAAGUCAAACAAAACUCUUCCCUUGCUCACAGUCACGGAGAUUGGCCACGUUCUCGCCACGUGGAGAGAGCAAUUUGAAGAACUGAAGCAAAAGUAUACAUGGGUGCAAAUAUUUGAGAACAAGGGCGCCGCCAUGGGAUGCUCAAAUCCUCAUCCUCACUGCCAAAUCUGGGCUUGCUCGUUCCUCCCCAGCGAGCCAGCCACCAAAGACAAAUACUUGCGGCAGUACUUUGAGAAGAACGGUCGCCCCCUUUUGCUGGACUAUGUGGAGAAGGAGCUGCUCAAGAGGGAGCGGAUUGUGAUUGAGAAUAGGAAUUGGCUGGUGGUUGUACCGUUCUGGGCCAGUUGGCCAUUUGAGACUAUGAUAAUCUCACGAAGAGACACCAAGAGAUUUGAUGAACUCACUCAGGAGCAAUCUGAGGAUCUGGCCAUUGUGAUUAAAGAGCUGACCACAAAGUAUGACAAUCUCUUCAAGUGCUCCUUCCCAUAUUCCAUGGGUUGGCAUGGUGCGCCGACUGGAGCCAUGGCGAACGAUAAUAGCGACCAUUGGACUUUGCAUGCCAUCUACUAUCCACCUCUCCUGCGAUCGGCCACCGUUCGCAAGUUCAUGGUGGGAUUUGAACUACUGUGCCAGGCUCAGAGAGACCUCACAGCCGAACAAGCAGCUGAACGGCUGAGAGAACUGGACGGGAAGAGGCAUUACUCCAUUCAGUGAAUACAGUGUGAAUAAUAGUUUAAUUUGGGGAAUAAACAAGGGAAUAAAGCUUUA